AUGUCUUCGCGCUCUGAUAAGAACAACCGGUCUCCUUCCAUACUGCUUAUAUCGUUGUCGUCAUCUGGCAACACCAGAAAAUAUUCGAAGGAUCUUCACAAUGCCUUCGAAGCGAACCAUGUCAAUACCAACGUCGUCAAAGAUGCCAAAACCGCCAUCAACCAUCUCUCUGCAAAGAAAAAGCCCCAGGCUAUCCUCGUCACAGAUCCUGCAAUCAUCCGUCGAAAGAAUUCCCAUGUCUUGGACAAGGUGCUCUCCUACGCCAGUGAAGGCGGCAGAGUCAUUUUCUGCUGCCACUUUCUCUGCAACAACAUCUACGACGCCGGUCCUCCCCCGAAAAAGUUCAAAAGAUUCUUCAAGAACCGACUCGAAGUGCCAUGGAAAAUCACCAUUUAUGGCCAUUCCACUCCAUACGCCAAUCCCCUCUUUGCCCACGGUGACCAGGUCUAUACCAAUAUCUCAGACGGUUUCGAUAACGACGGAAUUUGUCUUGAGAAUGUCGAAGUGGGUGACGCCAUGUAUCUGGAAGCUGGGCUAUCGAAAUCAAUUUGGACACCGGCAGCUUUUAAGUCUUUCUCGAGAGGCUGGAUUGGGAUUGUGGGGGUUAUUCCUUUCGAUGGCCACAACACCGAUAUUAUUUUGUCCAUGUGCAAUCUCGAAUAUUAUGGAUUUGGCAGUCGUUAG